GCAGCGGGCAGCUGCUGUGUUGCUUCGAUUAUAGUGUGCAGUUAAUGCAAACAAGCAAAAAGCAAUCCAAAUACUCCCAGCUCAUGAAAUGGCUUCCCGCCAGCAAGUGUACUAGUAAACCACAAAGGUAUUUGGCGCCACAAACGGCUGUAGUACUAGUAAACCACAAAGGUAUUUGGCGCCACAAAAAUUAGAAGGGAGACCAAGGGUCUAAUCCCAGCUACAAAGCCAGCUUACAUGGACCAAACAGUAGACCACACACACACACACUAGCCAUGGCCAUUGACUUGAACUUAGCAGCACCAGAUGAGGGAGAGGAAGAAGAUGGCAGGUUGCCUGAUCUCAAUUGGCAACCUGUACAAGAAGAAGAUGAAGCUGCCUUGGGUGAGCAAGCUGUACAAGAAGAAGAUGGAGCUGCCUUGGGUGAGCAAGCUGUACAAGAAGAAGAUGGAGCUGCCUUGCAUGAAGAACUCCAGCCCGAACAUCACUUCGAUCUAAACAUGGACCCAGAAGAUGAACAUGAGCCCGAUGUUGCCCAUGGCGAAGAGGACCUGCAUGAACCGGAUGAAUCAGACGAUGAACUAGAAGACCAAGGUGGCGUUUUCCAAAGCAUGGAAGAGGAAGUGCAAGCAAUGAAUGAAGCCCUACAGAACCUUCAAGUUGACGAGGAUGACUAUGGUGUGUAUGCAGGCGAUAUAGAUAUUCAAUUUGAGGAAGAAGAGCUUGAUGAUUCAGCACCAGAAGAAGACAUGGAUGUGGAGCAAGAGCAACAAGAUAAUGAGCAAGUUCAUGAUGAUGACAAAUACAAGAAUUUAACAGGUUUGCAAAGGGCUGGUAUUUAUGAAGAAUUGCUAGCAAGAAGUGUCAAUCGGAAAUUAAAGAAGACCACAACUAGAGAAGUUGCAAACAUGUUCCAUGUUUCAGUGCACAAGGUCAGACGUGUUUGGAGGAGAGUGAAGGAGUGUCUUCGACAAGGCGUACCCGUUGAUGUAAGAUCAAGGAAGCCAAAAAACUGUGGGCGCAAAAGGGAAGCAAACAAAAAGGCUAGGCUGCAGUUUUGUCUCUCUAUGUUUGACCAGCAAAGUCUGCAAAAUAGGCCCACGUUCAGGGAUAUGCGGAAUAUAAUCCAUAUAGAUGAAAAGUGGUUUAACACCACUCAGAAGACCAUGAAAUUCUACAAGCUGCCAUCCGAACAAGACCCGCAUAGGACUGUGCAAAAUAAGAACUCCAUUGGCAAAAUCAUGUUUUUGGUUGCUAUAGCCAGGCCUAGAUACAAUGUAGAAGGUAUUUGCAUUUUUGAUGGAAAGAUAGGCAUUUGGCCCUUUAUCAAAAAGGAGCCAGCACCAAGGAAAAGUGAUUACCGUCCAAGAGGGACACUAAUCACGAAAACAAUCUCAGUUAACAGAGAAAUUUCUAGGCAGUUUUUGAUUCAAAAGGUGCUGCCGGCUAUUCAAGCAGUUUGGCCUCAAGAGCUCGCAGGUGAGACCAUAUGGAUCCAGCAAGACAAUGCGCCCUCACAUGUCCCAAGUAAUGAUCCAGGUUUUCUUAAUGCUGUUGCCCAAACUGGGCUUGAUAUUCGUCUCAUGCAACAGCCCUCGAACUCACCGGAUAUGAAUAUCCUAGACCUUGGCCUAUUUUCUUCACUACAGUCCAUGUCUGUUAGGCUGGUGUCUAACAAUUUAGAUGAGCUAAUAAACAAUGUGCAGCAUGAAUAUGAUGCUUAUGAUGCCGAUAAGAUAAACAGAAUUUUCCUAACACUACAAAGCUGCUUAAUUGAGGUCAUGAAGAGAGGUGGAAGCAAUGACUACAAGAUCCCUCACAUGUACAAGGAUGGCCUAGAACGAGCAGGAAAUCUUCCUGAUGUUUUAGACUGCGAUCGCGAACUAUAUGAGAGCGUCACGCAGGCCUUAGCCGAAUAGAAGUUGUAAUAUUAGAUUAUGCAACCGAAAAUUGUACUCUACCAACGAUGACACUGUCAUCU